ACUUCGGCGGCGAGACAGUAAGAGACAGCUUAAUAGGAAAGAGGAUAAACCAGAAGACCGGGACAUCAAACAUUCUGCAGAUAUUGCUUAAAGAUAUUUUAGCUGUAGUCAGGUGGAAAAAAAAUAUUAGCCUGCACAUUUUACAAUUUAUUUGAUUGUAUUUAUUUUCACUGAAUACGACAUUUUUAAAAAAUUAACUCGUGUACAAAAGAAGAGAAUUCGCUCUCCUUCAGAUAUCUCUUCGAGCUCUAAACGACUCCAUGGAAAAAGAAAAGAAAGUGACCCUCCAGCUGUUGCUGGCUGUGGGAACAGCUGUGAUCGGCUCUCUUCAGUUCGGUUAUAACACAGGUGUCAUCAACGCACCUCAGAAGAUCAUCGAGAGCUUCUACAAUGAAACGUGGUUCGACAGAUAUAAUGAACCCAUACCUGAGGCAUCUCUCACAACACUGUGGUCAAUCUCUGUGGCCAUCUUCUCUGUGGGGGGGAUCGUUGGCUCCUUCUCCGUUGGUCUCUUUGUCAAUCGCUUCGGAAGGAGGAACUCGAUGCUCAUGGUUAACGUGCUAGCCUUCAUCUCAGCAGCACUGAUGGGCUUCUCUAAAAUUGCAGCCUCAUGGGAAACCUUAAUCAUUGGCCGUUUCAUAGUGGGGCUUUACUCUGGACUUUCCACUGGGUUUGUACCCAUGUAUGUGGGUGAAGUAUCGCCGACGUCCCUCCGAGGAGCCUUGGGAACUCUGCAUCAGCUCGGCAUUGUUAUCGGCAUCCUUAUAGCACAGGUGUUUGGUCUGGAGGCGAUUAUGGGAAAUGCAAAUAUGUGGCCUUUCCUAUUGGCCUUUACCUUCGUUCCAGCACUUUUGCAGUGUUUCCUCUUACCCCUCUGCCCUGAGAGUCCUCGCUAUCUCCUCAUCAAUUGCAAUGAAGAGAACAAAGCCAAAUCAGUGUUGAAAAAACUGCGUGGAACAACGGAUGUGAGUGCAGACAUGCAGGAGAUGAAGGAGGAAAGCAGGCAAAUGAUGAGGGAGAAGAAAGUGACCAUCCUAGAGCUGUUCCGCUCCCCAAUCUACCGGCAGCCUUUAAUUAUUGCCAUCGUACUGCAGCUGUCACAGCAACUGUCUGGCAUCAACGCUGUCUUCUACUUUUCCACAAGCAUCUUUGAGUCAGCCGGUGUGGCGCAGCCUGUGUACGCCACUAUCGGUGCAGGAGUCGUAAACACGGCGUUCACUGUGGUGUCGCUGUUUUUAGUGGAGAGAGCUGGACGCAGGUCCCUACACCUGGUAGGACUUCUGGGUAUGGCUGUGUCUGCUGUCCUAAUGACCAUUGCUCAAGCACUGCAGGUUCAGAUCCCGUGGAUGUCAUACAUGAGCAUAUUUGCUAUUUUUGCCUUUGUGGCAUUCUUCGAAGUCGGACCAGGCCCCAUCCCUUGGUUCAUCGUAGCUGAGCUGUUCAGUCAAGGCCCUCGACCAUCUGCUAUUGCCGUGGCUGGUUUCUGCAACUGGACGGCCAACUUCAUAGUGGGAAUGUGCUUUCAGUAUGUGGCGAACCUCUGUGGUCCAUAUGUCUUUAUAAUUUUUACUAUCCUGUUGCUGUUCUUCUUCAUUUUCACGUACUUCAAAGUCCCAGAGACAAGAGGCCGGACAUUUGAGGAGAUUGCUGCCGGUUUCUCCCAGCAACCUGUUACUCGUGGGGAGAAAGCGUCACCUGAAGAGCUGAACAGCUUGGGCGCUGAUUCUGAGCUCUGAGCCACAGCUUCUUCAUUCCCUCACCCUCCUUGACACAACUACUGAGAGAGAGGAACAUGAUGGAAAUCAAAUUUCUCUCUCUCUCUCUUUCUGCUGAAUACCAAACAGUUUGAGGCCGCUGUUCUUCCAUUAUCUUGCUUGUACAUAAAUGGCAGGAGGAGAGAAUGAAUUUUUAAAGAUUUCCAACAUUGUUUUAUAUGUACAUCAGAAAAUAUUUAACUUUUUUUUUAACCUUUGUAUCUGUUACCGUGUCUAAACAAAACAUAUUUUUAUAAUGAUCAUUCCUGUUGUCCACCAGCAUACUUUUCUCGAGAACUGAAAAGUGACCUUAAUUGCUUAAAGUUCACAUACUGUACUGAAUUCCAUGUAAAUGUAUUUUCCUUGAAUUCUGUGCUCUUGCCCCCCCCCCCUUUCAUUUCAGUACUAUCAAAAUGGGUUAUAUUUAUUUUGCAAACCAUUUUAUCUUGUCUUUAACCAUGAUUUUAAACAAGCAGCGCUCCAUGGUCCAGAGUAUGAUGCUUAGCUCUGUUUACUGUGUCUAGUUAUACAGUUCCCUCCCACCCCUAAAAACACUUUGCCCCUAGGUAGAUCUGUGUGUGUCUGUGUGUGUUAUACACAGUACUUUCACAUGCGGAUCCACCAGACACCCCUUACUCGUCUCAGUGGUUAUGCACAAUAAACUUUUAGUCCUAUAUGUUUGUUAUAAUUAAGAAUGUAUUUACAUGUUCUUUAAAUUUCCUAAACAAAAAAUGAGUUGCACUGACAUUUAGAAACAUUUUUUAAAUAUACUAAGCUAUCCUCAUCAUGUUUGCCCGCAUCUCAGGAUAUUGUUAAUACUUUACAGCAGGACAAGAGAAUGCACAGAUAAACCAUGAUACUGUAGCACAAACUGUGUCACUCUGCUUGUGGGACGUCACACUGCAGAGAAACAUUUAUAAAGAUUUUCUUACACAGUUGUUAUAUGGUCUUAUAAAAUGUUUGAGUAGUACACACAUGUAAACAAAGGCAUAUACUUCAGUUCCCAUCCCAUGACAUAUACAUCACCAUAAAGAUCUUUUAAAAAGAAACCAGCAAGUUGAGAGCUUUAUACUUCCUAUUUUAUGGUGUGUUUUUUUUAAGAUAAAGAUUUUAUCCUUUUCUAAAGGUCUUUUUAUCUUUCAUACCUCAUCUGGUCCUUUUAAACCUAACACAGUGUGUUUUGUUACUUAGACAGAUAAAAGCAUUCAAAUGUAGAACGACUGAAAUAUUGACAUUUUGCACACUUCCCAAACCUUGUAAUGCUCACUACUUCAUGCAGAAGACAUUAGUCAUGAAAGAAAAAAACAAAACGACCAUUGCAUUCUGAAUUUAGAUCCUGAAUGACCAGUUUUAACAACACAUGGCAUGGUGUGAGCAUUCCAGAAAGUGUGUGAGUGUCAUGUUGCACUUGUAAAGCACUGUAUCAUGUCAAAGAGUAUCAAGCUUUGGCUUCCCAGAUGUUCUUUGUCUCUUGCAAUGUCUUGUGACCUCUUUGUACCUGAAAGGAUCAGUGUAAAUCAUAAUGGACACAAGGUCAGCUUUUCUUUGCCUUAAAGCAAUAAGUGCCCACGACAAUAUUCAUAAAUAGAAUGGUUUAAUGUUUUGGUUUUCUCAAGCUUUAUGGUUUUGAUGUCCUUUUAUUGUUUUUUUUCUUUUUUUUUUACAAGUUUUUUGUCCACAAUAUUAAGACUCACUUUUUUUAAUUAGACUAUAAUGCUGUAUUACUGUAAAAAUAGAUACAAUGUUGUAUAGUUUUACUGUAAAAUAUUUAUUAGUUUGUUUAAUUUAUUUAGUUGAACCUAUCUUGUUUUAUUUCAAUAAAAUAUUAAAAGAAA